AUGCCUUUCUCUACAGCUUCUGCCCUUGGUAUGGUCAUUGGCCAGGCCAUUGCUGGACGAAGUGUCUCUGAUACUCCAAGAGAGCAUUUCUCUCGUGCUGACAGUGGUGCAGCUCCGGGCAAAAAGGGUGUUAUGUUCAUGAACAGAAUCGCUCCUUCCGUAUCUAUCCUAUAUAUCGCCAAUGCAGAUGGAAGCAACGAACGUACACUACUCGGGAGUAGCUCUUCUUACGAUUAUCACGGAAAUUUCAGUCCCGAUGGAAAAUACGUUAUCUUCACCACUGAACGUAACGGAGAUGGACAGUCGGAUAUCUACAGAGUCAAGAUUGAUGGUACCGGAUUGGAAUCUUUGGUUGAAACACCAUCUUUCAAAGAUGCAGGUGUACUUUCGUCUAAUGGAACAACGCUUGCUUUUGUAUCCACCCAAGGAAACUUCACGGCAAAUUUCUGGGUUAAGGAUCUCACUACAGGAGUUGCCUUUAACCUCACCAACACACCCACCACAGCUGGUGAUAAUGCCCUCCCAGAUGGUCAUUUCCGUCCUUCUUUCUCACCUGAUGGAGAAUGGAUUGCUUUCUCCUCCGAUCGUAAUACCGCCUGGACCGGACAUAGCAACGGUACCAGUUGGGAACACACCCAGGAACUUUCCAUUUACAAGAUCCGACCAAACGGAUCCGACUUCUCCCAAGUUGUCACCAAAGCUGAGAACACCUACAACGCCCACGUGACUUCUGUCGACAGUGCAGAGACUCAAAUCGCAUCCGUAGAUGUUGCUACCGGACUCGAUUAUGUUUAUCAUACUUCUGGAGUUGGAUGCAAAGUCAAUGGCCAGUUCGUGACCGCCGAUGUUGUUGGCUUCAAUACCAAGGGUUCAACUGACGAUAACAUUGGCACCAACUACAACGGUACCGGCGCCGCGAACUGCACUACCAUCCUAGGCGAUAUGCGCAACCCUGCCUGGUCCCCAGACGGAACCCUGGCCAUCUAUGAAAAGCCCGAGUUUGACCCCGUCCUUCCAAUGGAGAAACCCUUGUACAGUUGGGACGGCGAUUACGAAUACCGCUUCACCGACGUCUUCCCCAUGCUUUCCAAACAAAACAAGUUAGUCAUCACUCAAAAACAACUCGGUAACUCAUCUAUUGUCACCAUGAACCCAGACGGUACCGAUCUCGAUUUGGUCUUCGACGUCUUCUCCAUAAACUCAACCUCAGCCUCUGGCACUGCCUCUGGUCUUGCAGGUGCAUUCCAACCUUCUUGGACUUCCGAUGGUGAAUGGAUUACCUUUGGACUUGGUGGCUGGUUUUUCGAAAGAUCAAGUCAGCCCGGUUGGAUUUAUCGCGUAACAGCUAACGGUUCUUACUACGAACAAUUGACUUUCGGAGAAGCCGGUGUUUCCAAUGCAGGAUUCCCUUCUUACUCACCCGAUGGUACCAAGAUCGUUUACAGAGAGUGUGGCCCUGCUCCUAUGUACUGCAUCGGUCUCCGCAUUCUGGAUCUGGCUGAUGGCACUGUCACAAACCUCACCGAUACCUGGGACAACACUCCUGGUUGGUCUCCAUAUGGAGAACGCAUCGUCUUCACCCGCCGCAACCAUAUCAACUGGGAUGAUCUUACAGCUACCGAUUCCUUUGACGUUUACACUAUCUUCCCUAACGGAACUAGCCUUACACAACUCACAACCGGUGGAGCCAAUGAUGCCCAUGCCGUUUGGUCCGCUGAUGGAAGAAUUUUGUACAGCAGUGGAAUGUAUGGUUUCAGAGAGGAGAGUCCGCUUUACGAUAAUGCAUUCCAGCCUCGCGGACAAAUCAUCUCGAUGAACUUUGAUGGAUCAAACAAAACUCUGUUGACUGAUAGUAUGUGGGAGAAUAUUAUGCCUCUUUACGUCCUCAAUGAUGAGUUUUAG